UUCCCCUGAAAACAACACCACAUGUGUGGAGAAUGAAUGGUGGCUGUCAGCGGUGUUCACAUGCACGUACAGCGACAUUAAAAGCAGGAUUUGCCGUUUGCUGACCAGAUUUUGUGUUCGUAUUAAACUCCAAGGGACACCACUGCCGGAGAAGAGGGACGUGUUCACCAUGAGUUUUGUGGAGUACUCAGACUUCAUUCAGGACGGGGACAUUGCCAUUAUCUAUUUGGGCCACGACUCCACGAUGCCUGUCAAGGUCCAGCAGGGUGCCCAAACGCAAACCCGCUACGGAGUCAUUCGCCAUUCGACAGACCUGAUUGGUCAGCGUUAUGGAUCGAAGGUCACCUGCAGCAAAGGUGGCUGGGUCCACGUUCUUCACCCAACACCCGAGCUGUGGACGGUCUCCCUGCCGCACCGCACACAAAUCCUCUACACCACAGACAUCGCCACCGUCACCAUGAUGCUGGAGCUGAAGCCGGGAUCCGUCGUGUGCGAGUCAGGUACAGGAAGCGGCUCUCUCUCCCACGCCAUCCUACGUACCAUCGCCCCCACAGGUCACCUGCACACGGUGGAGUUCCACCAGCAGCGGGCGGAGAAGGUGGCCGAGGAGUUCAAGGAGCACCGCGUGGAUCACCUGGUCACCGUCAGGAACCAGGACGUGUGCAAAGACGGGUUCGGCGUGACCGGGGUGGCCGACGCUGUCUUCCUGGACAUCCCCAGCCCCUGGGAGGCGGUGGGGCACGCCAAGGCUGCCAUGAAGAAACAAGGAGGUCGGGUGUGCUCGUUCUCUCCUUGCAUAGAGCAGGUCCAGAGGACGUGCGAGGCCCUGGCGGAUCAGGGCUUCGAGGAGAUCAGCACCAUGGAGGUCCUGCUGAGGGUCCACGACGUUCGAACCGUCACCCUGCCGCUGCCCGACUUCGGCCCCGACCCCUCCGCCCGGCCUGACAUCACAGAGGAGGCGCCUCCCACCUCUGCACCAAACCACGCCUCCGUCGCCCUGAAGACCACCACACCGCCCAGAGAAAUCCCAGGUCACACAGGUUACCUCACCUUCGCCACCAAACCAAGAACCUAAAGCUCAGAGCCCAGAAUGAUUUCUCUCCAGCGUGGUUAAUAAUCCACUCUGUGCCUCGCUCUAGUGUAGUUUCCUUGUCCGUUUAUAAGACUGUGAUAAUCCAGCAGGGGUACCAGGUUCCUCCUGGUCCCGGUUGGCACUGCAACGCCAAGAGGAUUUACAGUUUUGUGUUACAUAAUUUUGCGCUCCUGUCCCUUGGCACCAGUUUGUUGCUUGCAUCAAGCAAGAGUGAAAAUCAGGUCGAGAGCGAUUGAAUUUGAGAAACGUACACUCGCCUCCCCUUUUAUAAAAAUUACUUUUAAUCGCUGUUUUCAUUUGUCGGGGAAAGAAAUCGUUUUAUUUUUCCCUUUUUUUUGUAUUCAGGCAAAUACAAUAAAUGUGUGGAAAAAAUCACAUUUUCCUUUUUCUAUUGUACGACAGCAUCAACAUGUAGCAGAAAGAGAAACAGCUGCCAAUGAAAGGUCAAAGGUUAAAUCCCCUGUUAAAGUGCCUAAAUGAAUCGUGUAUAAAUGAGCAGAGAAAGUUCUCAGAGUGAAAUAAAGUCCAUCUGCUGAAGAAGACUGACA